GUUUUAACAAUUCUUUAAAUUUCUCACUAUUGUGAGAUAGAUCUGAAACUAAUUUUGUUAUCAAAAUAAUUAUGUAAGAUGCUUAAACUGAUUGCUAUGUAGAAUGUCAAAAUUUGUUGCAUCAUGUUUGAACGUCCUGCAUAAUAAUUUAGUGGUUCAAUAAAUUUAUUUUUAGCUGUGUAUCAUUUUUAGAUACCUUAGCGAAAUUAUUUAUUCCGUAAAAAUUUUAAUGUCGAUAAUAAGGCUAUGUAGUUUUUCAUGAUUUUUUAUGACAAAAAUAAAUUGAAUACGUACUAAGCAACUCGUGAAGGUAAGCGUUAUAAAAACUCCUAACUUGAGUACCAUGAUUAAGUCUUAGUUUCAACAAAGACACUUCAGAUUAUAUUGAAUCAUGGAAUAUGAAUUCGGUCUUUAUAUAGUGCUCAAAAUGAGUUCAAGUACACGUGCAAAAUUAUUCCGCAUUCAAAACGGCGCAUCCUUCGAUCGAAGAUAUGAUGAAGGUGAUCCGUAUUUCGGCAAUUUAAGUAUUCACAUAACAAAACAAGGUCUCAUCCUCUUCCCGAGGCGUGUAACGGCUAGCGAUAAAAUUCCCGGCUAACAGUCGUCCGUUGUUUAGAAUAAAAGAUAGUUCCGUCAAAUCAAUCACACUUGUGAUUAUUAAUUCCAGCACUCCAUUGUCGAGUAACAUCUUAAUAAUUUUAGUUCACAUAUCUUUACCAUCAAUUUUUUUUUAUAAUCCUCAUUGGAUUUUAUUUUCGCACAUAAAUUCAUUUUAUGGGCUUCUUUUAAGGAAAUUUCCGUACGUCGAACAUGUUUCUCGUUUUAGAAGUACUAUGAAAUCAAAAUCGCGCGCGUUUACUCAGCGUUAGUCGACGCAUGAGCCUUGAUGAUUCAGUAAUAUGGCGGAAGUCCUCCAGCUGUUUUGUUAGCUGUAUACGGUGAUAUACGGCGGUUUCGUGUAGUCACUGUAGUCCAAGUAACAAUGAGAAAUUAUCACAUUUAUGUAUUACAAUGGUUUUCUUAAAUUUGUUGUGAUGUUGAAAUUGCUUCUCGAAAUGUGAUUAUUAGCGAAUAUCGAUUGUUUCGAUAUACUUAUCGUGAAAUCUGUGAUGCAACAAUAGACAGAAGUGACAAAACACGUGUAGCAUUCUCUAUGAAUAUUUCUAUAUAUUCAUUGAAUUUCUUGCAUACACAAAUUUUUUAUAAUAUUUAUUACGUUUAUAUUAUUACGAUACCCAAUUCUCUUCUGCUUCUUACACUUGUUUUGGUCAAUAGCAAUAUUACAUCAAUAUAGUUUAUAUUUAAUUUUAUUGAUAGAUUUUAUGAAAAUGAAUUUUAAACUAAACGAAGGAUUUUUUGAUUUGUGUAUAAAUGUACCGGACGGAGGUGCAGAUAGUUUAAACAAUAUGUUAUUGAAGUUAUAUGAAAUGGGUUAUAGAACAGUGGCGUUGAAUCAAAUUGUUAAUGAUAGUGCCAUGGAUAAUGAUAAGAAAAAGAAGCAAAAGCUGGGAACAAAUGUGAUACCAGAUCCAAUUGAUAUUUCACAAUUAAAUGAGAAAUGGAAAGGAAAACUCUGUAUUCUUAACAGAAUAACAUUUAUUUGUUCAAAUGUUGAAAAAGCACAUACGUUGGCACAACAUCCUAAUUUAAAAAAAUAUGAUAUAUACGCUUUUGUCCCAACCAAGCAAGAUCUAUUGGAGAAAGCUUGUGAACAAGUAAAAGCAGAUCUUAUUACAAUUAGGCCAGAAAUUUCUGGCAUAAAAAUAAAUCGUAAGGUAUAUCGACAGGCAAUAGCAAAAGAUUUGUAUUUUGAGAUACAGUACACAGACCUUUUGAGACGAGAUACACGCAUAGUGGCUCUUCAUCAUUCUUAUCAACUCCAAAUGUGUCGCAUAAGUAUGAAUAUAAUUAUAUCUAGUGGUGCAAACAGCAAGAACUUAAUCAGAAGUCCUUAUGAUAUUAUAAAUCUUGGAUCUGUAUUAGGUUUGAGACGAGAUAUAGCAAAAACAGCUAUAUUAAAUGAAUGUCAACUUCUUCUUUUAAAAGCCAUUUUUUAUUUAUUUUAGAAAAACGAAUAUCCGGCAGAGCAGUGUUUACGAUAGAAUUUGAAGAACCAAAGAUUGAAGAAGUGGACGAAGAAGUGGAAAAGAAACGAAGAAAGAAUUAGUCUCUAAAUUAACACUAUAUAAAAAGUUUGCCUUUGAUAUUUUAACAAAAUGAAAAUUCUACUUUAUAGUUUUCAUAAAUGCUAAUAACAUAUUAUUUUCUAUAAAAAUAAAUUUAUUAUUUUUAUAUAAAAUUAUACACAAAUUUCUAAAUUUCUAUUUCUCUAGUGAUUCCUGCGUAACAAUAGCUUUAUGCGUACAAUGAUUGCUUUGCUCAGCUUUCUAUCGUUUUUCAAAAUUGUCUGAAAUUUACCUGGAAGAGCCAUCUGUUAGCAUAUUCUGUACCUUUCUCGUGGUACACUAUGUGCAUGCUUCUGUAUGUUGAUUUUGUAAUAAUGACAGGACAUUACAAUAUUAAUGAUAUUAAAUUAUAAUAUCUGUAUUUGAUUAUUCGAGUGUAUAUUCAAGAGAAAAUUUAUAUUAUGAAUUUUCUCUUGAAUAACAAAAAUUAUUUGAAUUUAAUAAUUAUUUAAUAUCUCGGUGUGUUUCUCUUAUCGGGGAUCGAUAUUACCGUAAAAUUAAUAUGAUCUAAAAGCUGCAUUAUCUUAUGCAUUUAUAUAUUAUUUAUUUAAUUAUUUAAAAUAUUGUGGAAUAAAAAUAAUAAUUUUUUAUAAAUGCAUACAAUUUUUCUGAAAAAGAGUUAAAUGAGCUUCGAUCAACAGCUAUGUUCAUCUCGAUUAGAUAAACGACUAUCACUAUGAGUUCAAAAAUAUAUAUGUAAGGAUUUUUUAAUUAACGUUAUCUUAACUUUAUUACAUUUAAUGUGAUGUAUUUUGGUUGUCAUAUUAAUACAGCGGCGUUAUGGCUUUA